AAAAUUUCCUAGAUGUUUUGACUUCUUGGUUGAAUUAUGUAAAUUUUGAGCUUUCCAAGUUUCCAACUAAAUAUGAGCUUAGAUUGAGGCAAUUGAAUUCAGCCUGGUUAGCCAUCUACCCAAGUCUCAAGAAGAAACGAGCUCUUGCUCAAGGCCCAUAAGAAGUCAAGUCAAAGUUGACUUUUGGUCAACCAUUGGAUUCGUUUUUAAGAAAUUAAAUGUUGUAAUUUAGGAAUGAAAUUUUACAUUUACUGUCCGUUUAAAAUAUGACCGUUGGAUAAUUUGAAUUUCAAAUUACCUUUUUUAUUCUUGAAUUAAUACCUUAUUCUCUAAGAGAUCAGGCAUAAAGAGACAGAGAAAAACAGUAGGGAGAAACAAAGAAGAAAGCCAUGAAGACUGGUCUAACAUCAUCAUCUUCGUCAUCUUCAGGUACAAGAUCAAGCACAACAAUGGAAGAUAGAGAUAGCUGUUAUUUUCCGGGAUGUAGAAAAGAUACAAAUUGUGAUUGUGAGAUUUGUUUAGCAAGUAUUAAUGCUACACUUGAUCUAAUGCCAAUGAGUAUUCAAAAGAGUGCUUUAACAAAAAUAUCUGCAUCAUCAUCAUCAAAAUUAAGAUCUUCAUUAGAAAGAACCCCAAUCUCUUAUAAUCAAUCAAUUUUAUCAACACCCAAGCAACAAGGUAGUACUUUUCAACCGAUUCUGAUAACCCCACCUCUCAAAUCUACAGCAAAAUCCUUCCCUUCCUUGGAGAAACCAAUCAAAAAGGUAGAGAAGAAAUCCUGGGUUUCAAGGUUUCAUCUUUGGAAGAUAUUUGUGGGGUUUUGUUUGAUUUUUGCGGUUGAUUCUGGGUUUUCUUGGUUGGUUUCGGAGCUUUUGCAACCAACAUUAUCGCCGGAGACUGUGAAUUUUAUUGGGAAACAAUCUUGGGUUGGCCGUGAUUUGAAUGAUAGGUUAGGGUUUUUACAGAGAGAACUCGCUGAAGCUGUUUCAGGAAAGAUAUCAAGUUGCAGAUCUAAAGACUCUAUUUGGGAAUUGAAUCUGGAGGACUCGCUGGUAGUUUCGCGGUGUAAGCUCUACGAAUCUAUGGCUGAGGAAGUGAGUAUCUGGGGGUGGCCUCUGCAAACUGCAGGACUGCUUUCAACCGGGUUUUCUUCUCGAUCAGUCACCAUUUUAUCCGGCAGAGUAACAGAGUGGCCUAAUGGAAAAAUAGUGUAUUCGGUGCGAAAUUCAAACAGUUCAACAUGGUUACUUCAGAGAAUGAGUGCAUCAGCUGUGCAAUUGGAUUCAAAUACUUGGGUACUUGAAUACAGACGAAGCUCUAUGCUGGAGAGUUCAAUACUGCUUUUUACAGCAAUGGAGCUUUUGAAGAAUAGACUUGCAAGAGUUGUUGCAGAAAUUGAGCAGCAGUUUUGGGUAGUACCAUCUUCAUUUGUCCAUCAGGAAUUCAGUACUCGUUCAGAAGUCUGCUCCAGUCACCCAACUUAGUUUGUUAUCCUUGACAGAUGCAAUAUUCCUGCGGAAAUACUUUUAAAACAUCUAUGCAGAGAGAGAUCUCAUCUCUUAUGAGAAUUUCACCUUUUUCUGUUUUUUGUUAGACUGAAUAUUUGUUGGUUCAAAUUCAAGUUGUUCUUAAUGAUGAAGUUUUUACUCACAGUAAAUAUCAAACUUAGUUUGUUA